UGUGUAUGGUACAGGUGUGUCGAUUGAUUUCAACACGUAAAUAAAACCUGUUUUAUCGUGAACCAAACUUUACAAAAAAUUGCAAUAAGUGGAUUAAAGUGUUGUGUAACAGUGUUAUUGAUAAAUAUAGUUGAAAUUUUUGUCUGUGGUCGUGAAUUAGGAAAUAGUGACAAGUUCUUGGUCUAGAGUCCUUGAGUUGGAGGCUCUAUUACGCUGCUUCUUUUCUCACACCAACAAGAUUAAGAGUUGAAGGUGCCCAGAGCUGUGAUGAUGGCACCCAGCGUUUUCCAGAGAACAAAAUCACCUCGAACAUCACCCGGCAACUUACCAAGGAAGCUUCAGAAUGGAUCCGAGCACCCUACUAUUACAGCGACGACCGCAGAUUCGAGUCCCGGCAACUCAAUGUCAGACGCAGAAAACUUCGAGUGCUACGGUGAAGCUGAUGGAGACGUGCCUGCAAACACAUUAGAGAAUGGAUCCAGGAGUCCAGGAAACAAUCUCAACCGACAUUCUUGGACAAGGACAAGUCUUAGACGAACACCUCCAAGCCAUCAAGAAAAUUUGCCGCAUCGACGAUGGGGGUCAAUGCGACACUCUGGGAAACGGCAGAUUGGCUCCAAUGUCUUAGCAAGCCAAUUAUACCGAUCGUCGUCUUUCAACUCUUCGGGGUGCGGUUCAGGAGGUGAGCCGGCGGACGAUAUGUACUCUGAUGUCUCGUUGGAGGAAGAUGUUCAGGGACUCAACUAUAAGGUACAGCUUCUGCAGCAACAAGUCACGACGCUGGCAGACACCCAGAGCUCGACUGACGAGAGAUAUGCGAGAGCCAAGGCUGAGAACGCGGUACUGCAAGCUCGGGUACACAUGCUGGACGAACAAAUACGAGAGAUUGAAUGCAGAUGCGAGGAACGAAUAGCUGAGGAACAAAAGAGAUGCAGAGAAGCAAUAGCACGCAUAGAAAGAGACAGGGAUGCCCAACUAUCAGCACUCUCUGAUAGACUCUGUGCUGCCGAAACUGACGCUUCCGAUCUCAAACAAGAGGUCGGUCGACUGCGGGGCGUGGCUGAAACUUUACGAGCGAACGCUGAGAUCAGCGCACGGAGUGCGAAGGAAGCUCAAGAAGCGGCCGGAGAACUUGCAGCUCAACUCAACGCUGCCAGAGAAGCGGAGCGUCGCGAGCGCGAGGCGUGUGAAGCGAGCCAGGCGCUGCUGGUGCGGGCGCAGCACGAGGCGCGUGUGCUGUCGGCGGCGCCGCCCCCCGCGCCCGACCCGCGCCUGCUCGAGCUGGAGCAGGAACUGAUGCUACUGCGGACACAUAACAAAAGCCUCACAGAGGCUCAAGAGGAGCUUCAGGCGCAGAUUUUAACGCGCGGCGUUGAAGAAGGUCGGAGUCUUUUGGAUGGAGUGAGCGGGCCUCUAGCCGCUACCAACUCUUUGGCACACGAACUGUCACAAAUGUCAGACGAUGAGCCCGUUGUUGGUAGCCAAUCACAUCUCAGCAUUGAGUUGGAAAAGUUACAAAAGGCGUUAAAAGAACAGCAGGAUGUCAACGUUCAGCUCAGGGACUACAUCGACGGCAUUCUCCUCGCUAUCGUCGAAAACUAUCCCCAACUUCUCGAGGUGAAAUAUCAAAAGCCCGAUAUAAAAUCAUAACAAUGUAUCAUUCAACCUUACAUCAUAUAUACGUCUAGAUAGACUGACAGCUUUGAAAACGUCGAAAAAAAUAGACUUUAGAACUAACCUCUAUUUUGAGCAAUUCACGCACACUAAUACAAAGUGUCAUACAUAUCGCUAGUGUAAGACAUUGCUUGUCAGGAACACUAAACUAAUAUUUCUGGCCUGUUUUGUCGGUUGUCAAACAGUAAGAGACUAUCUAGACGUAUAAAUUAUCUAAGCAUUCAACAAUGCAUUACUUUGCUGCUAUAUUGAAAGUGUAGUUCAAUUUCAAACACGUCCGCCAUUCGUUCAAUGUUUUUAAUAUAAUGUUAAUUUAAUAAUUCAACGCUGUGAUAUAAAUAUAAUUAUGUAUUUAAACACAACAAUUUUUCAUCCGUGAAAUUUUAGACCUAAAUUGCUGUUCCAAUUAUUAAUACUUAGAUAACAAAUACGUGUAGAUAGACUGUGACAGCGGUGAACACGUCAAAAAAAUUGCGGCGAACUGUAAGCCUCUAUUUUCAUCAAACGAAAACAAAGUAACUGAAAUAUCGCGUAAGACGUAGCUGUCACGCACACUAAAGUAAUAAACUUGCCCUGUUGUAAUGCGUUGCCUUACCAAGAGGCUCUAUCUAGAUGUAUGGAUUAUCUAAGUAAUAAUUCUUAAUAAUGAUAUUUAAAUGACAUAAAACAAAACACUCCUAUCAUAUUACAUUUAUGUUUGUUAUUAUUAUAGUAAUUAUUACUUUAAAUAUAAGAUUAUUGAUUUCGUAGCAAUAGUUAAUUAGUGCAAUUUGAUGUUUUAUUAUUUUACAAGAUGGCGUCUUAUGAACCGUGCCACAGACUAUCCAGAGUAUAUAAAGCUACUUAAUUACUUGUAAAUACAUAGAGAAUAGAAUAUUAUAUAGAUACGUUCCUUGCGUUAUCUCAUAGACAAGCUUAUUAUAAUGUUGUAGGAUGAAGGAUUAUUCUGUAUUACUUAGAUCUGGGAGUAUUAAUAAUAAGGCCAGGCCGUCCAUAGAUUUUCUAUUACGUUAGCUGUUUAAAAUCCAAGAUAAUUUGAAUGUAUUCUUGAAGAAAUUAAGAUUAUAUUGGCACUAAAAUGUUGGCAUUAAAACCCAAAGCAAUCGUGCUACAAUAAUCUAUUCUCCAAAUUUUCUGUCAUCACGAAAGCGUUCCGAAUUCAAAAUGUUUCGUAACAGCCAGUCUAUCAAUUUUAAGACACAAUACUUAGAGUCUAAACAAUAUUUUUUUCCCACCUCGAUGAGAAGCUUUCUUUUAGUCCCUGGUACGAGGGACAAAAGUCGUCUUGCCGAGAGAGAAUCUUUUGUCCCUCGUACCAGGGACUAAAAGACUAAAAGCGACCCUUCAUCCAGUGGGAAAAAAUCGUAUACGCGUACCACGUGAGAUAAGUAGGACAAUGCCACCCGCGAUUGUCAAUAUUCCGCGGGUGAUAAUGACCUACUUUUCUCCCUAGGUGCGUAAUAUAAUAUUUUCUAUUCCCAAAAUAUCUUGGUUUUUAAACUGUCAACAAAUUCCUACCAUUUUAUUGGUAGCUGAUAAUUAAUUAUAUCGGUGCAUAUUGUGCUCUGUUAAUGAGAGUUUAUAAAUUUGAAUUAAAUUAUUACAAAGCCAUUAUUAAAUGUAUUCUUAAAAUUUUUAUAGCGUAGAGCAGUAAAUGGAAAAUUGUAUGUUACUUGUAUUUUUAUAUUAAAUUAAGGAGAUAUCAGAUAUUAAUUAUUUGUGUACAUUUUGAUAACAUAAUAUGUGAGAAUAAUAAAAUUAAAUAUUAUAUAAAAUAAUAAAUUCUAAUAUCAA